AAUUACCACAAUGCAUUGAUGUAGUAGUCUUAUUUUAGAGAUAAAAAUCAUUGAAGUCUUAUUUUGAGCAUAUGGUCUAUAUAUGUAUUAGUCCUAGCAUAUGGUAGAUUUCUUAUUUGUAUAUAUACAUAUGCAGGAACUAGAGGAGGAUCAAAGGGGGGACGCGGUGAAGAGCAUGGUGUACGAGGCGAGCGCGAGGAUAAGAGACCCGGUGUACGGUUCCGCGGGGGCCAUAUGCCAACUCCAGAAGCAGAUCAGUGAGCUCCAAGCCGAGUUGGCCAAGGCGCGCGCCGAUGUCUUGAACCUCCAUUGCCAAAACUCAAACCUGAAGACCCUAAUCUGCAUGCAAAUGUCAUCUUCGUCCUCCUCGUCUUCCCCACAGGAACAAUCCACAAUGGCAUCGCCCUACGAUGUCGUCAACAGCUUCCUCCUUGAUGAUUGCAGCUUUUCAUCAGUCCUGCUUGAGAGCAACCCAAUGCGCGCGUUAGAAGAAGAUAUGUAAUCUAAGAUAAUCAAUCAUAUAGUAUUAAAGAAUUCCCUAUAUAUAUAUGACUACCUCUCUACAAAUAGAGAUGAGUGUAGCUAGAAUAAACCGAUCGAGAAGCCCUAUAUACAUAUGGCUACCUCUCUAAUAGAUGAGCAUGAGAUACUCUUGGAGUCUGGUUUCAUGGGUCUCCAAUUCUUGUUCAUUCUCGAUAUAGACACAAUUGCUAUGUAACUUGCACCUUGUUAUAU